CCUCCACUAUUUAUUCGAAAUUUUUCGCCGCUCGGGAAAGACGUGAUUUGUCGUUGCGCCAGUGGAGGCUAUUUUUAAAACCGUCGCGGCGCUUGCAAACAAACCGCAUAUACAGUAAAAUAAAUCCAAGGAAUUUACUGAGAAAGAACGAGAAAUAUUAUAAAGGCCCAAGCACUUUGUGUAGUAUCUAAUCAUGAGCGGAGAUACGUACCAGAUAGAAACGCGUCGGCGGUCGCGUUCCAAGACCCCCUUCUUGAGGUCGAGCGAUGCCGGAGAGGAGGGACAUGUGCAACACCCCAAGAAGAAGUCGGCGGCCCCCAAUGUGCAAACGAUAGUGGAGGAGCAUAUAGUGGAAUCAAGCAGCAGUAAGCAGUCCCGGAGUAAGGCGUUCGCCCAGUUGACCUCGGACUACUCGAGCGACGACAUGACCCCGGAGGCCAAACGCAAGCACACCUCGUCCACGACCACGGUCACGUCCACCUUCACCAAGCGAUCGGGAGGAGCCACAUCGACGCCGCGGAACAGAAGCCAGCUGGAGACCACACAGAACACGCUGAACUCCGCCCAGGAGAAGCUGAAUCACUCCAACGGAAACCUUAGUUCGGGGAAUGUCAGCGAUUACCUGGCCUACAUCGAAUACAGGGAUGCCGGCGAGUACUGGAACAAAACUCCCAAGACGGACUACACCUACUCGGAGCUGUCCCCCCACCGCCGCCAAUUGGCCCCGGGCAUCGUGGCCAUGCCCAACAUGUCCAGGCGGAGCCUAGGAAACCACGACGAGCGCGUUAACUACAUGGUCCAGCAGAAUCCCGACCAGGAGGAGUUCAUUCGGCGUCGCUACCAGUCAAAGUAUGUCCAGCACGCGAACUACGACUCCGCAGACGAACUGGACGCCACCUUUGGGCAGCAGCAGAAGCAGAGCUGGUGGCUUAUCCGCCUAAUCCAGCUGGUUGUCAGCUCCGUCACCACCGUGUGGACUCGAGUGACCCACAUCUCGGCCACCGAGACGAAUGCCUACCAAAACUACUACGCUAGGCGUCAGGAGGUCGGAUUCCUGGGAAAAGUAAGCAAUGCCGUUGGAGGAGGAUUCGCGAGUUUGCUGCGCUAUUUGUACAUCUUCAUUGGAUCGGUUCUGAGUCUGGACACGUGGUUGCUGCGCUCCUCGGAUGCGGAUAACAAGUCGAAAAAGCGGUUCCUCAUAUUUUUGCUGAUUUUGCUGCCUUUGCUGCUGCUGGCGGGAUGGUUGUUGUUACAGGAGGAUCAACGCAUUGCUUAUGUUCAGCGAGCCGAAGCCCUUUUGCCGCUGCCACUCGCGCUCUUCGGUUCCCUGCAAAGUCGUUUGUCCAGUGCUGGAUCAUCCCUAAAGAGUUGGAUCGAGAUGCCCUCCAUCAGAAGUGCCCAGCAGGAAGCCGACGCCAUCAAAAUCAACAUGGAGAGCAUCGAGAGCAAUAUAAAGAAAGCCUUGACUGCAGAAGAAUACGAGAACAUAUUGAACCAUGUCAACAGCUACGUGCAGCAGUUGGUGGAACUGAAAAUGCAGCAGCAAUCGAAGCAACUACAGCCGCAACAGGUUCAACUCAUUGUUCAGCUGAUGAAGGAGAACCUGCAGCAGAUUUCACAGAAAACCCAGCUAACCGAGGAGGAUUUGGCUGAUCUGGCUGUUAAGCUGAAACUGGAGCUACAGAAGUCUGGAUGGCAGGAUAUGGCAAAACUAUCGCAAGCUAACCUGGAGGAGAUCACGAGCCUCAUUAAAUCAGAGCUUCACUUGCACGAAUCGCACUUCACAAUUCAACUGGAGAAAAUAGAUAUGCACGCCCUGCUGGAACGAAUCUUGUUGGCUCCGCAACUGGCUGAUUUUGUAGACGCUCGCAUUAGUCUUCGGGUGCAGCAGCUUGAGCCGAAAGAAAGCUCCGGCUCCAAUCCCGCAGAAAUCCACAUAGAUCGUCUGAACAAGGAGAUCGCCUUCAUCAAGUUGGCUCUCUCCGACAAGCAGGCGGAGAACGCCGAUUUGCACCAGUCGAUCAGCCAGCUGAAGCUCGGCCAGGAGGAUCUGCUUGAGCGCAUGCAGCAGCACGAGCUGGCCCAGGAUCGUCGCUUCAGCGGGCUGCUGGCCGAGAUCGAAACCAAGCUGGCUGCGCUCAACGACUCGCAGUUUGCUCUUCUCAACAAACAGAUCAAGCUCUCGCUGGUCGAAAUUCUGGGCUUCAAACAAUCCACCGCUGGCGGGGCCGCUGCCCAAUUGGAUGACGUUGACCUGCAGAACUGGGUGCGCAGUAUGUUCGUGGCCAAGGACUACCUGGAGCAGCAGCUGCUGGAGCUGAACAAGCGCACUAACAAUAACAUCCGCGACGAGAUCGAGCGCUCUAGCAUACUGCUGAUGAGCGACAUCAGCGAGCGGCUCAAGCGGGAGAUGCUCCUGGUCGUGGAGGCGAAGCACAACGAGAGCACCAAGGCGCUGAAGGGCCACAUUCGAGAGGAGGAGGUGCGCCAGAUAGUCAAGACGGUGCUGGCCAUUUACGAUGCCGACAAGACGGGUCUGGUGGACUUCGCUCUGGAAUCGGCGGGCGGCCAGAUUCUCUCCACGCGCUGCACCGAGAGCUACCAGACGAAAUCGGCGCAGAUUUCGGUGUUCGGGAUCCCUCUCUGGUAUCCCACGAACACGCCGCGGGUGGCCAUCUCGCCCAACGUGCAGCCAGGGGAGUGCUGGGCCUUCCAGGGAUUCCCCGGAUUCCUAGUGCUAAAGCUUAACUCGUUGGUGUACGUCACUGGCUUCACCCUGGAACACAUACCAAAGAGCCUGUCCCCCACUGGAAGGAUAGACUCGGCUCCCCGCAACUUCACAGUUUGGGGACUGGAGCAAGAAAAGGACCAGGAACCGGUGUUGUUCGGGGAGUAUCAGUUCGAGGACAACGGCGCCUCCCUCCAGUACUUUGCUGUUCAGAACCUGGACAUCAAACGGCCGUACGAGAUCGUCGAACUGCGCAUCGAGACGAACCACGGCCAGCCCACCUACACGUGUCUCUAUCGGUUUCGAGUGCACGGCAAACCGCCAGCGACAUAGAUCUGUCCAACCCCCUCUCUAGUGACCUAAGUACUGUCAGGUGUACAUAAUGUCUGUGCCUUAAAAAGGAAACUCAACAAUAUAUCACUGCGAGAAGUGGAUCAACUGCACCCAGCCGCCCUUAACUUAUGCAAACUACGUAAGAAGUAAGGCUAUAGCUUUUAAGUGUUUUGUACCAUAUCGUAGGAUUGAAGUGUUUAUUACGAAAUAAGGUUAAUUUGUAAAUAUCUAAGUUAAUCCAAUCCUUUGUCCAAAGGAAGUCCUGAAUAUUUAUUGAUAUUUAGUUUGUCCUUUAAAAAUCAAUCAUCGUUCCUUUAAGUCUCAUCUACUACGUAUUUUUAAUUUUAAUACGUUUGCCAUUCAAAAGCGUUUUGAACUAAAUAGUCAUAGUUUGCGUAAGCCGCACUCUUGCUUCAAAGCUAUACUUUAAGAUAUUAGUAAGCUAAAAUGUUUUACCAUGAAAACUUCCGAACCUAUUAUAAUUGCCAUAGCGAAUUAAAUUUAACUGAACUGGAAUCCCUCUGAAAUAGUGUCAAAUAAAACUGAAACUCACUAAAUAUCUCAGAUAUCUAUCGAAUGAACCUGCACAUACCUCACCCCAUACAAUAAAUCCAAUUCACCCUUUCUUAACUCGUCGUAUACGUUCAACAUAGUUCUAAAGAGUGAACCCAAAAAUAGUUGAUAACAUAAAUUAUGUACUUUUCUAUUGUUUUGCUCGUAAGUCUACUUAAUUGGUAUAGUUUGUCUUUACGUCGUUUGUUCAUUAAGCCUUCAUCCCAUUUUUUAAACAAUAAAUGCGUUGCUCGGAA